GAAAGUGCAACAGAAAACAGGCCUGGGAUACGAGUCUUAAAUCAGGGGAAUCACACAGAGCAUGGAUCUCCUUGACAAACUGGAAAUCUACAUCCCAGUAGAUGCUGAGGUGAAAAGCAUUCCUCUGGGGAGCUUACCAAAGUCAGUCCUGAGACGAAUGGGCCUCCUCCUGUCUGACGCAGACGGUUCCAGGAAGCUCAAAGACUCUCCAGAGGGCAUAUGGAUUUGUCCAGCAGUCAUACGGACCAAAGGCCAGAAAGUGGCCCCCCACACAGGACACAGUGGGAUAGAAAACAUGUCCUUACUGCUGGGCAGAGAGGUUCGAGCUGCGCCAGGUCCCUUCCAAAUGUCCUUUAUCUCCGCCAAUCGCACAGCGUACAAGGUGCUGAAAGACACCAUGCCUGGAAAAAAUGUCUCUGCACAGACAUCUCACAGCUCCCUGUUACCUCAGGGCUCAGCACCGCAGACAUACAAAGAUGCUGUCGUCAUCUACCAAGGACGCGUUUACCUGUCCGCCAGAAAGCCCAGUCACGGCUGCAGUCAACAAAAGAAACGUCAACCACGGCCAGCCUCCCACUCCUCCAUUCCCUCAGCGUCUGACGUGUCCUCUAACAGCCAAAAGAAGGAGCUGCUGAAUGACAACAAGGCCAAGCAGAAACGCAUCGCAUGGAAAGUAAUCAGUAAAAACGAGACAGAUGCUUUGCACAAGGUGAGUGAUGUUUCCUCAUCCACAGCGUCACAUCAUGUUGCUCAGUCCUCUGCCAGCAUGCACAGCCAUCAUCAGAAGGAUGCUGACAGAGAGCCGGCUGCAGAGGAAGCAGUGGGCACAGAGCCAGGGUGGUUUCAGCCUCUGGAGGAGAGGGAGGAGGCAUCCAGCAACGGUAGUGAACAUCAGAUACAGGACCAGAGCCAUGAAGAAGCUGACGAUCUACAAACUGGCAGUGUUGAACCUGACAGCAUCGUUGGUAUUGAAGAGCAAAGAAGCAGCCAGACCUUGAGCAGCAGAGAGUGUCAGGGUGCAGCUCGCGCCCUCACGUCGCUACCAGAGGAGUUAGACUUUGAGAUGCUGGAGCAACAGGAGAAGAUUGCUCAAAUGAGGGCUAAACUGGCCAAAAUGGCCAAAAACAAACAAAAAAGAGAGUGACAUGAUAAUGAGAAAAAACACAAAAAGAAAAAUGCUAA